UCCUCCCCUCCCCUCCCCGUUAUCACCACACAGAGGGUCUAACGCUCGCACCAGAAUGGAGACUAAACCGGUCAUCACCUGCCUUAAAACCCUCCUCAUCGUUUACUCCUUCGUGUUUUGGAUAACAGGAGCCAUCCUGCUGGCAGUGGGAGUAUGGGGGAAGUUGAUGCUAGGCCCUUACAUCUCUCUGAUCGCCGACAACUCCACCAAUGCCCCGUACGUCCUCAUUGGCACCGGGACCGUCAUCAUCGUUUUUGGCCUGUUUGGAUGCUUCGCCACCUGCAGAGGAAGCCCAUGGAUGCUGAAGCUGUAUGCCAUGUUUCUGUCGCUGGUCUUCCUCGCUGAGCUCGUGGCUGGAAUCUCUGGAUUUGUGUUUCGUCAUGAGAUAAAGGGAACCUUUCACAGGACGUACACUGAUGCAGUCUUGAACUACAAUGCUGAGGAUGAGGCGAGCCGUGCUGUUGAUAACAUCCAGCACAGGCUGCGCUGCUGUGGAGUGUAUAACUACACCAGCUGGCUCGGCAGUGUGUAUUACCCAUCUAACGGCAUUCCUGCCAGCUGCUGCUUCAACUCCUCUGACUGCAACUUAGACGACCUCCGCAAUUCCACUGUAGCUCCGAGCAAAGUCUACCACCAGGGCUGUUAUGAACUGGUCACUUCGUUCAUGGAAACCAACAUGGCUAUUAUCGCCGGAGUGACGUUUGGGAUCGCCUUCUCUCAGCUGAUUGGCAUGUUGCUGGCGUGCUGUCUGUCCAGGAUCAUCACAGCCAAUCAGUAUGAGAUGGUGUAGCUGAUGGGACAUGGCAGGGAGAUGCAGAGAAGAAGAGACGAGGAGCCUCGACACAUGACAAGAGUAAAUUCCUGAAACUCCCAUCACGUAUCUGAAUUAGAGUUCACCUCCUGCGUCUCUCUGCCCGAUCUUCAUGUAAAAUCUUGUUGUAUCUUAUUGUAAAGCACCAUUCCUUGACUCACUGCUGUUGCAUCAAAGCGUUCAACACACCACAUCCCACUGCUGCUUGAUGUAGAAGUUGCUCAUUAGCACAUAUCUCAGACCUAAAAACAGGCCGGUAAACUACAGUCGUCAGUGGUGAUGGUCUCAGAUAGGGUGCAGCUUGACUUCUUUAGUUUGUUACAGCAUGUUUCAUCAAGCGUCAUAAGAGGAACACUGCACUUCUUUGUACAGAAUGACACAACUAAAGCUUGGAAGUGCUUUAAAAAUAGUUUAGUUUUGCAUUUGACUUUGCUAUUGCUUAUCAUUGUAUAUUAUUAAUAUGGUUGUGACAUGCACACUGAUUAUGCGUUCUGUGGAUGAUCAUUUUACAUUUAUAUGAAAACAAAGAAAAGAAGUGUUGGAAUCAAUCGAGACUUUUUAAACUUAAGACAAAGCCUGAUAUUUUUUUGACUUGAUGUACCUCGAUUCUUUAUUGGCGAGAAAGAAAUCUGAUAAUCUUGCAAACGAAACAAACAAAAGUAGCUGGUGAACAAACCUGUCAUCAAAUUCAACUUGAAGAAUCGUCAUGAAGAAACUACCAAUCAAAGCCGUUAGAGCAUGUUAGAGCGGGGGUGAUAGGAAAGUAGACUUGGCAUCAUUUUGUCAUCAAAAGGCCGAGUUCUGCCAGUGAGUCCCUGACCAUGCAACAUUUUAAAGCUAAUAUUCUACAGAUGGGCCCUCAAGAUUACCACUCUGUUACCUAAAGGUGGGUCAAAGGGUCACAUCCUGGUCAGAAAUCAGUUUCUAUUGGUCAAUAUCACUAGUAGUCUCUCAAAGUUCAGUAAACUGUGAGCAUGAGCACUUUUUAAAUUUUCUUCCUCAAAGCUUUUCAAGCAUGAUAGAUUUUUCAUCUUAACUAAAUGAUUUUGGAAUUAAAUUUUGCGGUUUUAAAAUGAAGUUGUGAGCCGCCAAUCGGGCCUUUCACGUUUCAUUUUCCAUAGGUUCAUGUGCUUCAAACAAAGUUCUUAAACGUAUCAGCUCAACAUGUCUAACGGCAAAGUUUAAAGUUGUUUGGAACAGCGAGGGUUAGAUCCUAGCAGUUGUCCACUCUCCUACUUUGUGUCCUCAAAGUUCUUCAUCGUAUUUCACUCAGCGGACGAAUGAAAAGUGGCAAAGAAAUAAUCAAAGACUGAAAACUAAAGACUAAAGAGGGUGAAAGUUUAAAAAUCCUGCCAACUUUCACACCUUUCACUAGCGUAUGCCUGAAGUGUGGCCUUAAUUAUCAAGUUGUAUCACGUUUUGAGAAGUUACAAAAACUGUCCGGCCAAGCCCUGGAAUUUAAACAUUGGCAAAGUUUAUACAAAGUGGAGGGAAAAAAAGAGUUCAGGACACAACUUGAAGAUCAAACAUGCACUUAGUUUGAGGCAUAUUGUUACAUUAAAAAAUGUCAUAAAUCUUGUGUUACCUCUAAAAAAUGCACUAAAUUCCAAAAUGUAAACAUUCAGCUUUGAAGAGCCCGUUAACAGCAGAUGAAAAUCUUGUUUUUUUGCCAACAUCUGCAGGUUGAAGUUGUUACAGUGAUAUAGUGUUGUAGCUGACGUCACUUACCUGUGAAUACAGGCGAAACAAAACAAGGAUUUGAUGUGUAAUUUUCCCCCCAGAAGAGGUCAGUGAAACAGAUUUUCAGCCUGUCAGGGUCGUAUCAAAUCAAGACGAUUAUGAAUUGUUUUCUUCUGGUGGAAAAAAUGCAAAAAGCGGUUUGUACAGUGAGAGAUCUGAACAGUGUUCAUCUAGUAUUUACAGUAUUCUACGUAUGUAAUCACCAUGUCAUCAUCAUCAUCAUCAUCAUCAUCAUCUGUAGAUAUUUAUUGGAAAUGUAAUUUUUAUGAUGUAAUGUUUCUCAGUCUAAUAUGCUAAUGAGUAGAAAAUGUCGUGUCACCGUUUUGAUUCUGCACUCUGUGCUGUUAUAAUCUGUAUUCGUUUGAUAGUUUGUAGAAAAAAAACCUCGCACUGAAAAAAGAGUUGUGGCUACUGUUUUAGUUAGAGUGUAAACAUGAAACUUGUAGCUGUUUAAAUUUGGCUGAAUAUUUAUUAUGGUUUUGUUUGGCAUUACGUUUACAGUUUCACUAAGUGAUUUUGAUCUCUUCUCUCAGUGUGCGUGUGUGAAUGUCUUUAUUUGAUUACGUCCUUAACCUGGAGUGUUAGUCUCGCCGUGAUAAGGUGUGUGAGUGUGUACGAGAGAGAGAGAGAGUCUCAUUUUUUUGAUCCUGUUGUUUUCAGUUUCGGUCAGUAUUCUGUUGUGGCUGCUCAAAUUGCUUUUUAAAGCUGUACAUUUAUUUGGUGAAUGUAUGUUUUUUUCCAACACUCUUCUAUAACUUCUUUUUUUCCCUUCUUCCCUGAACUGAUAUCGUUCUGUAAUUUACUAAAUUGUAAUAUCAUCCAGCUUACACAUGGGGUCGCCAGACUCAAACUGUUUCACCCUGCUGUCUACUGUUGACUAAGUCACCAUCAGUGGUCUUAUUAUCAAUAAAUAUGAAGAAUAACAUUU